AUGAGUAAGGUCAUUGACUCUGCCGGCGAAACCAUAGAUCGCGUGGUCAAAGAGAUGGUGAAAAAUGAAGCGGCAAGUACAUCGGAAGAGAUCAAUUUCGUGUCUUUGAUUCAACAGAUGGAUCGAGAUAUCAAAACUGCGCAAAGAAAGCUCGAGACCCUGGAGCCCGGAUCCAGCUUGAAGGACAGGAUGAAUUUCGUCAUGAGGUACAGGGUUGAGAUUGAAGCUGUCAUAGGCAAAGUUAGUCAGACAGGAAUGUUCCUCAACAUCACUCUCGUCAACUUAUUGAUGCAAGCCAUCCUCGAAGAAUCAUCCAGCAACUCCUUGAAGGUAUCAUUAAUAAAUUCCGGCAUUCAAACAAGUUUGAAUGAGACUCUUGAGGCCGUUAAAGAUGCUGUCAAGGAUGUAUUGAACAGACCUGCUAGAUCGGAGUCUCCGGGUCCUGAAAGCUCUACCGAAUACCAGCGUAUGGAUGGACCUUCGAAAGCAGGGAGCAUUAAGUCGACGAUAUCAGAAAAGAGUUGGUUCAAAUCGAGACCCAAGGACUCAAAUCAAAGCUUGCGACAACUUGCAUUAAAAGUCAGAAACACUUUCACAAGUUCCACUUCAAAGUCUAAUCGGUCCCAGAAGCUCGCAGAGAGCGAUGACCCUGCGAUUUCUCCUGAGCCUGAGUGUAUCUCUGCUCCUGGGGAUACUCGUAUAUCUGUUUAUCCAACCAACGCGAACGAUGGGUCUUCGGAUCAAGAAGCUCAAUCGCGUGCCACUGAGAAUGAUGUGCCAUUGACUGAUAUGGACUCAUUGAUGCAGGAUAACACUGCAGAUCUUGGAAGUCCACAGGCAGGCUUAGCUGUGCCAGAUACUCAGGAUCAGUCAUCAUUCGACAGAGACGAAAAUGUGCAAGCAUGCUGUUUAGACGAUGGAAAUUCAAGAGAAACAGAUGAACUCGGAACUUCGGCAAACUUCAUGGCAUCUAAUACUUCUGGUUGCAUCAAUUCUCCCAGGUUAAUGGACAUCCUGAGGAACAAUAGGUCAACAGGCAAGAUCUCUCAUGCACAUGAACCAACCGAUGCUGUAAAGCAAAGUUGGCUCGAUAAUAGGUCGUGGGUUAGUGCUGCUAUCGAGAAGGAGAUGUCAUAUAGGGUCCUGGUUUUCCAAAGACCUGAUAAUUGGAUUCAGCUCGCCAUACUACCGAGAGAUCAUGAUGAGGCAACUGUCUUGGAAACUCCACUUUUGCAGGAAAUGGAGAACACACCGUUGUCGUGCCAUUUCGACUAUAUUGAUAGCAACUCAAGAAGCCUAAGGAUUUACUUCUUUACGGCAAACGAAGAACGUCUUUCAAUUUGCACAGUAACAUUUCGUCCGCCCUUCCUUGUUAGGUGGUCGGUCAUGAGCUUUCCACAUGAAACCGGCGACACGCUACCUCCAUUACCAGGAAUGGGAUUCUUCUGUAGUACAGAUGACAGGACCAUAUCUUAUGCGUCAGCCAGUGGAUCACUAGUUUCCCUAAGUGAAACAGAGGCUGGUAAAUGGAUUGUUCAAUUCUUCUUUGAGGAGUAUCCCGUCCGUCACGGUGACCAGGUGACACAAAGAGUUAGGGUCGUGACACCUGAGAGGGACGAAGGCCCCUGUUUGUAUCUUCGAAUAUAUCGCCAAGGCGAAUCGACUACUCAUCAGUUCGAGGGUGUUGACGAUUGGGACCACUUCUUCCAUAAUUCGGAUAAGGUCGAAACCAGCAAGAAAGAUAUACAUUGGCAGGGUUUGACUAUCGACAAAACGUCCAUUCCAUAUAUACCGAUAGAUAGGUCGAGGUAUCGGAAUCGGAAUGUAUCUCAUGCAGCCAACCGAAGAGAGUCUUCCACUCAAGCGGCAACUCACAGCAGCAGCUAG